AGUUAAAUUUGAUCUCAAUAGUCAUUACAAUUUAUAUAUAUCAUCCUCUGAACGACAUAAAACCUCCCAAAGUUCUCUGCAGCAACUCAACACAUGUCGCAUCCACGACGGAGCGCGCGACUGAAGUGGAUGGAGGCGGCGGCAAAGGCGGUAGAAGAAAAACACUACUCUCGCCAGAAAAAAGCGCCGUGAAAUUCGUUGUGUUUCGCCGCCUUUCCCACUCGAUGUUUGUUCUUCUGAGUUGAUUUUAUGUCCUUUCCUUUUCUCAACUCCUCAAAAUUUGAAGUAUAUGAAGGAAACGUUUAAAUAUUGCGGGACGAACAUAACCACUUUAUAUUUUAUUUAUUUUAUUCUGCUAAAACAUGAUUAUGCUUAACAGAUUUCUAUUUUUAUGUUUGAAUAAUUCUUGUGGAGGAUGUACAUUCCACUGAGUGCGGAUUUUGGUCUGAUAAUAGCAAGUUGCAGCUAGAGGCUACUUCUUAUAUGCUAAAUUUGGUUUCUCUUGAAGACUACCCUGUAACUGAUGAAGUUGUUGAAACUGAAGGUGUUCAUCGUCUUCGUUGAAUUCCUUGCAUGGAAUGAUUAUUCCGAGCUUCAGUGCCAGGCAGCCUGUCUUCUAAAAAAUAUGUCUGCUGGAACAUCUGAAAACACCAAGAUUAUAGUUGACUGUGGGGCUGUCCCUGUAUUUGUGAAACUUCUUCAAUCUUCACAACUCUGUGAGGCUGCGUGGGCUUUAGGAAAUAUUGCCGGUGAUUCUCAUGAAUGCCGUGAUGUUGUUCUGAACAAUGGAGCAUUGCAACCUUUGUUGGCUCUGUUAAAAGAGCGUACUUAUAUCUAUUUUCUAAGGAUUGGUACAUGGGCCUUGUCAAAUUUUCUUGAGGGAAAACCUGAAGUCCCACCUGAGCAGCUCGAGUCUGCAAUUCCCAUUCUUUCAUCUGUCAUCCUCAGACAGGAUGAACUGGUCCAGAAGGAAGCAUGUUGGGCCUUAUUUUUAUCUUUCUCAGUUUGGAGGUACAAUCCUUCAACUGUGCUGAUACAUGCUGUUCGAGCGCUUAAGUGUAUAGUGAAAGGGGCUGAGAAGUUGGAUGAGGACGACAAGAACUCCACCUACGACCCAAAAGCUGCACCCAAAAUUCUAAUCGCCAAACAAAUGGUGAUGGCUAACAAGGAACCACCAAACCUCAAACUGGACUCAGGGUCGACCCUGGGUGCCCGGCCCGCCCAGGGCCCCUGCUAA